GGAGACUGAAAUAUUCGAAGAAGGAGUAGCGUACAGGGCUGUAAUUUUGGCAAGAAGUGAAGACCGGAAGUAAUUAAUGUCCUUGGAAGUUUUAAAGGAAGGAAAAAUAAUAAAUAAUUUGAAAAUUCCACCAAAAACUGCUUCGAAGAAAAACGAUGCCAUGUCAAGGAGCAAAAAUUCGAAAUAAGGAAAGAAAUGCAGUUCAAAAUAAAGUCAACGACGAAAUAAACAAAUUGAAUUCGAUAUCAACUAUGAUUAGUGCGCAUACAACUUCGAAGGAAAAGGCAGGUAAAUCGAGAAGAAAGAACGAGAAGGACCACGGAAAUCGCAAGAAAAAAUCAACAUUCCAAACAGAUGAGAAUAUUUCAGCUGGGAAAGACGAAAAUUCAGCUCAAGUUCCUAAACCAAGAGUCUCAAAAGGAGGUAAGCCAGAAAGCAAGAAGAAAGAAGCUGAGUUCGACAACCAAGAACAAAGGGAAAUUGCAAGUUCUCAAAGUGAUAAUUCAGAAAAUGAAGAUUCAGAAACUGAAAUUGUUAUCGAGGGUACAGAAGUUUUAGAAUCCAAAAUCGCGGAAGGGCAUGACUCGAACAAAAAUGGAAGGGAAAUUAACGUUAACUCAGGAAAUAAAAUUGCAAAUUUGAGGGGAAAAAAAGGGGUUGAAAUUCUUCAACCAAGUACCUCAAAAGGUGAAAGUAUGAACUUUGAUAUUGAAAAUAACCAAAAUCGUCAAAGUCCUUCUGAAGGCGCGGUAGCAAUUGUGGAUUCCUGUUUUCCAACUGUAACUCAAGAAAUCGUACAGUUUUUAAAGUCACUUGCGUCAUAUGCAGAGGGAAAAUUGGGCAUUAAUACAUCUACAAGUGCAAUAGAAAACCAGCCGCCCAACAUUGAAUCAAAGAAAGUCCAGAUUAUAAAUGACGAAAUUGUUAUCUCAAAGACAAAUGAAAUAGAAUUUACGAGAUUUCAAAAACGACCGGAGGAAAUGGUAAGAAGACUUAUGCUGGAGUUGGUAGGCAAAGAAGAAUUAAAAACAAUGACUGCUCUUGGACACUCAAGAGUCGGUAAACCGGGAAAAGCAAUCCCCGAAAAAGUCCGAAAUGCAGUAUAUAAUUAUGUGAAGACAAAAUCAAAAGGAAUAAUCUAUGAAAAAUAUAUAGACACUUUAAAUAGUCAAUGCUGCACUCUCCGAAAUCCCAGAAAAAGAAUUUACAUCCCAGUAGACAAAUGAAACAAAAAAAAAUCCGGAGAAGGAAGACGAAGAAAGUGAAGAAUCAGAGAAUAACAAAAAAGAAGAUUUGGAGCGCAAGGAUGAAUCAAUUCCAAAGAAAAAAAGGACUGAAUAAUAAAAAAGAAAAAAAAUUUAUAUCAAAUUAUUGUCUUGGAUUAAAUCUCAUUCAUUAUUAGAAAAAUAGUACUUAUAAAAAACCGAUGCUUCGAAAAGGCGUUUUACCUGCACUGUUAUUAUGUAAACCAGAAAAACCACAAAAAAGUCGAUUAAAGCGUUGCUGACUCGAAGACGAAAAUAUGAAUGACGAGGUAUCAACCAAAAGAGGAAAAAUGAACGAAGAUAACACUGAUAACAAAAAUAAUAAUCAAGAAAAGAGUAAUAAAAAUGUCAUUAUUGACAAUAAUCCUUCGGAUCCUUCUGAUCCUUCUGAUGGUGAUGACUCACAAUCAGAGGAUUUAUUUAGUAAGCUAUAGACAUUUUUUAAUAGGAAAUUGUAAAAAAAUUCCACUGUGGGCCGGUGCAGUGCAUAUGUAAAUGCUUAAUUUGACCAGUUAAAAGUUCUUGUCCCACGU